CUGAAGAAAGUUGACGACCCUAAAUUCAUGUCCAACAACUCUAUAAAGUUAAAGGGUCAACCCUUCAUCAUCCUGAAAACAAGUGAAAUCGGGAGUGGAUCCGAUGGCACGUACCUCAAUAAAUUUGUGAUUCAUCACGUGACGGAAGCCGAUGGAGGAAUGUACAUAUGUCUGGCAGCCAACACCAUGAGCUUCAGUUGGCGCAGUGCACAUCUUAUUGUUCAAUCUAAUCACCCUCAGAACCAGUAUGCCUACACGAUCGACCGCAGUAAUCUGAAUAUUCCUCUGGUUGUGGGUGUACCGGGUGGAAUCCUUCUCGUCGUUAUAUUCAUUGCGUUCCUCUUCUUCCAGCGCAGACGACGGGCGCAGUACCACCAGGGGUCAGUUGUGAACGGACCUCAUUUCAACAGAGUUCCCACGCAGGACCCUGAGCCUUAUCUGGGGGUCCCACACACAAACGAUGUCAAAACAAACAUUCAUGUGAACCCCAUACAUGGACCACAACACAAAAACUUAUAUGCGGGUGUGCCUAGCCCUCAUCUUAUAGUGUCAAGUCGUGAGAUGCUAUCUAAAAAUAGCCAGAGUAUAGACUUUUACACAGACAUUUCGUCCGUUUCACAGAGUCAUCAUAACCUGCAUCAUAACAUGCAGCAGUAUUCCUAUAACGGACCCUGAACUCACAGUCAGGAGUUCUAAAAAUACCUCACUUCCUCUGUUUGACUACAAACAACUCACAGGAUCUUGUAUUCCGUGUGGAACAAUGAGAUAUUCUGAUUGGUCGAGAAAAGCAUUGCAAUCAUGAAAGUCUACCUGUGAUUGGAUAAAACAUUUCAUUGAUACAAAGAAACCUGUGAUACAAACUUCAAGUCUCUGACCAACUGGUGCUGUUACUCA